UUAAAUAUUGACAACAUCUGGGUUAUUUAAUAGUUUCAGGUACUUUAUUGACAAAAUGAGCUUAAUGUACUCUUUAGUGAGGACAGCGAUCUACACCUUCCUGUUCUUUGCACUGUCCUUGGUGAUAUAUCUAGCCUUUUGGUUCGUGAUCAGGCCAUAUAAGAAGAGAAAGCACUUCCAGAGAUACUCAGAAACCAUCGGUUUUUCUUCAAGCUUCAUUCCGUUUCUUGGAGAUUACAAGCAUUUGAAUGAGGUAUACCUAUCCAAAGGAAAAUUCAUUGGGCAUUUUCUUCGUGACUUGGCUGUAGACUUUGGUAAGAAGAAGGCUUUCUUUGGAUCCCUUGGGAUGGAUGAUAUGGUAUUCAUAAAUGAUGUUGACUAUCUUACUGAGGUGUCAAAACUUGUACCCCAUGUACUUGACAGAGAAUCCAUUGAUACUACAGGGUUUGGCAGAAUAGGAGGAACUGGAGGUCUUGGUCAAUCAAAAACUACAAAAUAUUGGGCUUUAAGAAGACAAAUUUUUACUAAGACUAUUGGUGUCAAUCACGCUUCCAGAUUUAUACCAAUCUUUAUUAAGCACUGUGAAAAAGGAGUAAGCGAGUUUGAAGAAGGCCAGGUUAUUAAUAUGAGUGAGGUAGCCAAUACAAUUAGCUUCGAGAUUAUUUGAGAAAUCUUGUAUGGAUGCGAUAUUAGAGAUAAGUUAGAGAAAGUAAGAUAUACCAACAAAGAUGGGACUGUUGAAAUUGUCAAUUUGUACCAAUGUUUGAUGAAGAUUUCUCAUGAUUGCUCUUUUGCUUCUCUGAACCCUCUGAACAUACUUUUCCCAUUGCUUGUCCAUUACAGCAUUGGGGCUGAAAACAGGAGGAAUACUAAGAACAGUGACGAAUUUGAAAGAGUUAUCAAAGAUAUCUGUGCUAAAUCCCAAGAUAGUAAUUCUGUGUAUAACCAAGUCCUUGCCACUGGUGAAAUUGACAAAGAAAUGGUAUACAAGGAUGUUAUGACCAUUCUCUUUGCAGGCCACGAGACUACCUCCAAAUCACUCUGUAGCGCUCUUUUUCAGCUUAAGAAACAUCCGGAAGCUGAGAAGAAAUUGAGAAAAGAAAUCAACGAAAGCUUGCUCCAGAAUGGAAAAUAUUCUCUGAAAGAUUUAGCUAAAAUUUUGAAUACAGAAGCUCUAGAUAAGAUGGAUUAUCUAACUUGCUUUGUAAAGGAGGUCUUGAGGCAUGACCCUCCUGCUGUGAGAUCCUUGGGUUAUAAGGCAAAGGCUUCCUUUAAAGUAAAAGACUUAUUAAUCCCCAAGAACCAGAUCGUUCUUUUUAACUUGUAUGCUGCGCAAUAUGACGAAAAGCAAUGGAUAGAGCCCAUGAAAUUUAUCCCAGAAAGAUUCGAUCCCUCCUCUGAAUAUUUCUUGACUCCUAAUGGAAAACAGAGACACCCAUUUGCUUUCUGUCCGUUCACAUUCGGAACAAGGACUUGUCCAGGAAGAGCAAUUGGCUUAAUGGAGUUCAAAAUUCUGUUGAUAUACUUCAUGCUAGCUAUUGAUUACGAGGUUGAUCAAGAGAUAUUGGAUAAUCCAGAUGUAACCUACUCUAUAAUGUCCCCAUUCACCUUGGAUAUGAAGAUCAAGAAGGUCCAUGUGUAACUUAUAUACUUGGGUUUAAAAGAUUCUAUCAUUAAUC